GGCAGCUCCGCACCGGCGGGGCGGGACAGGGAGGGGCAGGAUGGGAUAGGAUGCUCUGCCCACCCACGGGACGCGGACACCGAGGAGGGAACAAGAAGGGGAGCGGCGAGGAGCGCCGCUGCUGGUGUCCCGUGAGAGCCCUACACCGCCCACCCUGAGCCCGCCGGAGCUCCCUGCUCUGCCGGAAAUGCUUCAGACUUCUCUGAUCUUCUGACAUCUGUGACUUGCUGUCACUGGAGAACUGGACUUGACAGAAUGUGAAGGCUGUAGAGAAUUACACAAUACAACUCCUGAGCUCACACCCCACAGUAUCAACUCCUGAAGUUUGCAGUUGGGAAGCAGAAGAUCCCAAAGGCAUAGAGCAUUUCUACAUAAUGGAAUAGCAUAUCUACUCAACUUUGAAAAGUUCUGGAAAUAAAAAUCACAAAGCAAUCCAACACGUUUUCAUCCAGGAGUGCACACCAAAACUGAACUUCCAAGGCCUGGACUUCUUCUCUGAUUUUCAUUCUGUGUCCUUGAGCAAAAGAUGUCAAAAAACACAACAGCGAACUUCACUAACUCUCAGUUAGCUCUUCUAGGUCUGUUCCUGGGAAGCAUUUCAAUGAUCACUAUUGUCAUGAAUAUAUUAGUACUAUGUGCUGUGAAAACUGAGAAGAAGCUGCAAACAGUUGGCAAUUUAUACAUUGUCAGCCUCUCUAUUGCAGAUCUUAUAGUUGGUGCAGCUGUUAUGCCCCUGAACAUUGUUUAUUUCCUAAGAUCUGCAUGGACUCUAGGCUUACCAGCCUGUUCGUUCUGGCUGUCAAUGGAUUAUGUGGCCAGUACUGCAUCCAUUUUCAGUCUCUUCGUAUUGUGCAUUGACCGUUAUCGUUCCGUUCAGCAACCACUGAAAUAUCUCAAAUAUAGAACAAAAAUGAGAGCACUGCUCAUUAUUUUGGGGGUUUGGUUGCUCUCUUUCAUGUGGGUCAUUCCAAUCCUAGGAUGGCAUGUUUUUGCUCAGAAUGGGGAAAGAACAGUAAAUGAAAACAAGUGUGAAACUGAAUUCUCUGAAGUCACCUGCUUCAAAGUGUUGACAGCCAUUAUCAACUUCUACCUACCCUCUAUCCUGAUGUUAUGGUUCUACUAUAAAAUAUUCAGAGCUGUUCGAAAACACUGUAAGCACCGAGAGCUCAUUGAUGGAUCAUACCGGUCUUUCUCAGAAAAAACCUCCAUACAUCAGAGUAAGACGAAGGACGAGCAAAAUACUUGCCUCCAAAAGCAAAUCUUAGAAGAGAACACCCCUCCCAAAGACAAGCAAAGUUCCCCUCAGCCCAAAAAUAUGGAGGCAGAGGUUCAUUUUGAUAAACCUGACAAGUCUUCAAAGGUAUUUGUUAGCAAGAGUAAUAGGGAAGUCCUUAAAUGGGGCUGUUUUUCUCUCACCGCUGCCCAGUCUGAGCCAGGCAUGGACAAAGCAGGAAAGAAGGCUGUGUGUGUAACAAAAAGCAAUGAAAAUGAAGAGGAGCCUUGCUCGCAAGACAGUGACGUAAGUAAUGCGUCAGACAACCACAGUUCCACAGAUGAGGUAACCUGUAGAGAGCCCUCCAAUCCUAAUCCUGAGACAGCCUGCAGUCCUCAGGAAAAGGCUGAGAACAGGGAUUUCAGAGGACUGGCUUACCUGAGGAAAACCUGGCAGAGUCUGCAGACCCAUUCCAAAAGGCAUAUGCAAGGACUGCGUGCGAACAGGGAAAGGAAAGCAGCUAAGCAGUUAGGGGUCAUAAUGGCAGCCUUUAUGCUGUGCUGGCUUCCAUAUUUUGUAUUAUUUACCAUAAAAGCUUUCCAUACCAAUGAACAGAUUUUGGAAUUUCAUAUGUUCACUAUAUGGCUUGGCUAUAUGAACUCUGCCUUAAAUCCAUUCCUGUAUCCUCUUUGUAACCAGAAUUUCAAGAAGACAUUCAAAAAGAUCCUGCACAUACAAUGAUAUUGGUCUGAGUUUUUUUGAACUAAAAAGCAGCUCGAGUGUUCAACCAAACAAAAUGUUCCAGUUUCACUGACAAACACCUCAGAUAAAGCGGAGGACUUUGGAAAACUCUAAUUUAUGAACAAGAGUUAGUAAAAGUAGGAAACAACUGGUUAACAUCUUUAACACAUUUGAAGAACUAAUUCAGAUCAGGAGUCUGAAAAACUCGGGGGCAAUCUCUGAACUAUUCCACUGUUGUACAUUUUACAGUUUGGGAUUACCUCUUUCAUCAUGUAGAACAAAAACCGGAGAUACAAAUAGAGAUCUUCAGUGAUUAUAAAUUAUUGAGCUACAGAAAGGGAAGAAACAGGAUCAUGUUUCUGUGACUGGACAAAUAUAUUUUUUCUCUUUCAAUUUACUCAAUUAAAGAUGGGAAGACAUUGUUUGUGAAGGACGAUCUGCAAGAGGAGGUACUUUGCAUAGAGAAAGAAACUUCAACUGUUUAAAGAAAUCUUUUUAUUUAUAGCUUCACCUAAAUCAUAAGCUUUUUUGAAAUGUCAAGUCAUAUUGUAACCUACUGUAUCUCUUUGAUAUCCUGCUUACUUCAUUUAUACCUGUACAUGUUAACUUUACUGAAAAUAAAAAAGCAUUUUUAUGUCCUGUAAA